AAAGCCGUGCUGGACCUGCUGUAUGAGCUGUUGUGCCUAGCCCAGCCGGAGUGGAGUGAUGAAAUCAGUGUGGCAAUGGAGGCUGUUGAUCCGUCCCGACUACAGGAGGCCUUUAAGUUGUCAGAAGGCUUUGUGGCUGCAGAGGGAAAGAUGGUCCUUCCACACCUUUCCAAAAGCAGAGUGAACCUGUCAGAGCUGCACCUGUCACUGUUGCUCUAUUGUUUCUUGGAAGCUGGACUACUAGAUGCUAUCGUGGAAGUGAUCAUCGCAGAAGACACUUUUUUGUCUGUACGAGCUACCAUACUACUUGGGGAGCUUCUACACUUGAUACACCUACUGCUUCCACCUGAAUGCUGUCACUUGACACCUUCGCUACCGAACCUACUGUCAUACGCUGUACGAGGCCGUCCACAUGCUGCUAUUAAGCCUGAUUAUUUUGACUCACCAGUUAUAUCAGUGUCUCCUGCCAACUCCAGCAGUGACUCGAAGAAGGACAUCCCCUCACUGAGGGUGGGAGUGCGGAGUGGUCACAGUUCAGUGCGGACAGUGUCUGAGAGCUCAACAGGGAAGCCUUGUGCUGGUGAGACUGGUGACAGACAUCUAGGCAGUGACCAUUCUCCACACAACUCUGAGCGGAAAGAACUGUCUGACUCCAAGCCUAAAACAAAACCUGACCAAACGGCUCACUUCUUGAAGGAUGUGCGUGAGGUGUUGGCGGAUAUGACAAAUGCUGCAGAUGUCAGGUCACCAUACAGGACAGUGAGAGGUCGAUUGUGGACCCACAGCGAGACGGAUGGAUUUGGUGUUGGAACUCCACUCUCGGAACCUCCUGCUUGCAGUCGUGCCCAGCAGCGUGCCAUGGGGGCUCGUCCUGCCCCCGCCAGUAUUCAUCUGGACCACGUUCUAGCAUCUGUCACCGGCCGAGCAGGGCCUGACGGAGUGGAAUUGGCACGUGCCAAAGGGAAGACACACAGCAGAAACAAACUGAACCAGAGAAAGUUUUCUACAAUUUCUUGGCAGCAGUAUAUUUGUAUACGAAGAGGACAAAGCGAACAUCAGUACAAGCUUCUGACAAAGGAGUGUGAUGAAGCGAUCAAAGAUUCCCAUGUGCUGACAAAUAAAGAUUGCUUCGGUUGGAACUGGGACAUAAUACGAGCUAUUCUGAAGAGCCGACCACAGUGCCUGCGUAAAUGUGAGGAGAGCAACCACCGCCAGUUCCUACGCAGGUUGGUACAGUUUGUGCUGCCCUCAUCACGCCAAAUGUCUCGUGUGGAUUUCAACACUGACCGGCGUAAAGUCAACAACUACACACUCGCCGCCAUGGAGCUGUUGGACUGUCUACUCUGUGGCUACCAGGAAUCGGAGUGUGACAAGUUGUUGUCAGAGCUGCUUACUGUGAUCAAGACACAGCUGGAAGCAAUCUCCACGGCCAAGUCAGUCCAUGAUUGCAUGCUGAGCCCUCUAGCUGUCACCAAUAGUCUUUGCCAAGACUACUUCCUACUGGUGGGCCAUCUGACUCGCUCCCAGGCGGGUGUCGACUUGCUCGACAACAUGGGUAUUCUACAAGUGCUGUUAUCAUUGGUAACCACUUCCAAACACGAUUGCUACGUUAAAUUGAUCAUCUCUAGUUUGGACUAUUCAUCUGAUGAGAGAAUCAGGAAUGUGAUGUCGAGCACACUUGUGUGUGAUCAAGACUCAUCACGAUUGUAUGCCACCAAAUUUCUGCGUGUUCUGCUGCGUACGCCACUUACCAAGCGUGCAGAUUACGCACGGUGGGUAGUUGAGCUACUCGCCACUCAGCUGUCAGAUAAGAACCGCGCUGUCUCACUAAGUGCCAUAGCUGCGUUGGAUGAGGCCUGCGAUGUUAAAGAGUACCUGGACGCUUUGAUCAACUUGCGACCGUCCCUCCUCCAUUUGGGUGAUAAAGGCCUUCUGCUCUUAAUUCGCUUUUUGUCCACCGAGAGGGGUUUCAACUACAUGAACGAGGCCAACUUUGUGUCAACACAACUGUCCAAAUGGGUUAAGUUCAACUACAAGUACGUGUGUAUUGUGGAGGGAGAGCUAGCCGAUGGUCUGACACUGGUGGAACGAAACGAAGAUGGCCGUUACAGUUCACGUCUGAGUAACACCAAGCGAGUGCCUGGAGAUGUGUAUGUACCACCACACCUGUAUGGACAACUGACACAACACCCAGCCGGCCUUAACUUGCUACUGGCACAUGAGAACAUACCAAAACUUGUGCAGGUUGUGCUCCAAGGACUAUGUGGCUCUGACAAUGAGAUCAUGGAUCUGAAGGCAGCUGUAUGGGCACUGGGACAUUUGUCCUGCUCUACUGGAGGGGCUCUGUGGGCACGUGCCAACGGAAUCACCAAGUCUCUAGUCGGUCUAGCCUGCACCAGCCCUGUCUACGCAAUACGUCUUGCGGCCUUCCACGCUAUUGCACUCACUGCUACCACUGUUGAGGGCGCCGACACAUUACUUACUCUGGGUUGGUAUACGGUACGACACAACCGAAACGAGCGCUGGCCCGUGGUGGCACCACUAAACCUCCUGGAGGACGCUCUGCUCCAGUACCAGGAGGACAAGUACUUGAACAGAGACUCCAGUGAGAGUACUGAUACCUCUGAGUCGACAACAAAGAAUGGGAAUGGUCUUUUUAUCCUUGGAGAAGACACAAUAACGGAGGGAAAUGAGUCCUUUAUUGGCUUUACAGCACGGGAACGAGCGAUGAGAGAGCGCAAAUCUGCUACACUCCCACCAGCAGGCUCUAGUCACACGUACCACCAUAAUCGCAGCUACAGUGAGAGUAAGGCGGACAAUGAUUGGCCCCGCAGCACCACCCCAGCACCCUCCCACAGUGGCUCGGAUAUCACAGACUUUAGGAAUGAGAACAUCAGGUUAUACUCUGAGAGCAGCACGAGUGGGACAAGCUCAGGAGGAGAAUCGUACCAGCCUCGUACUUACAUCAGUGAAAGACUAAUGCAGACUCUUAGCCCUAUUCCCAGUUUCAGGCUCAAUAGCAACUGUCCUCAGCUGAGCCCACAGGACAUGAUGGGCUAUGCAGCUCUUCGGAAGAUCCAUCACAGCCGGCGCCCCAAGCUGUUUGCCUCACCCCAUCUCUCCCUUCACUUCUCUCAGUCAGCUCCCGCCCACUUGUCCCCCCUCUCACCCAUUGAACUGAUUGCCUUCCAGGACUGGAAGCAGAUGUCUCCGCUUGUCCGGCCCAAACAUCCUGACAACCAUCCAAUAGAGCCGCAGUUUGAAGUGAGUGGAGUUCAUUGUCCUCUGCCAAGCGACUCUCUUGCCCCACAAACCCUCCAUUACGAGAGCAGUCGCAGCUGUAUCGCUCCACCCCCAGAUGAUUCUGUUGAAGAGUCAACCGGCCCUUGUUACCUGGGAAUCUGCUUACCUCAACAUAUCAUAGAUCUGUUUCCUGUGGAGGAGCUCCCUGUUAGGCCUGAAGACCCUCAUCUGGACAACGCAUCCACCACAGUAGCUAAGCGCCGUCAUGAUCGUACUUCUUGUCUGCUCUGUUCCGUCUCCAAAAUUGCCAACCCACGACAGACCCGUUGGCGUAAAAUAUCUGCCAGUUCUCAUCGCACGCGCACUGAGACUGAGAGCAGUUAUGGUGGUGCUGGAAACGAUGGUGAGAGUCCAGUCAUGGUGCAGUGGCAGAGUAAGGGUGGACUGGAGGGCAUCACCAGUGUAGAUAGUUCCAGCACUGACAUCACAACCACGGGUCCACGUUCUGUUGGAGACAACUUCAAGAGUAGAUCAGUGAUUCGCAAGGAGAUUCUCAGGCUGGCAGAUCAACUGUGCAACCCUGUCUUAACCAGGACCUGCAAACAGUCACUGCUCCAAAUGAGGUCACAGUACAGUGAUGUGUUCAACGAUGUUUGUGUAUAUUCGGACAUAUGUGCAAUUAUGGCUUCAGCAUCACUCAAAAUCACUUCCAGAAGGUUCCUGCAAGAAUUGUUCCUAGAUGCUCCAUUUUCUGAAAUCUACGAAGAUCCACUUGCUCUGUUGAGUGUCCAGAACAACACGGAUAGUGAAGAUGGAACCAUUGCAGAAAAAAUUUCUUUGGGAUCUGAAGCGUCAGUUUGUAGAGGAUUCAAGUGCAGAGCCAAACACUUGGAAGAAUUCAGCGAGAACAGUGACGUCUGUCGGAGUAGUGGUGGGUUGGAAGGGGGCCGCGGCCGUAGUUCGACAGGAGACAGUCGUUGCAGUGUAACACAUCUCGAGGAUGUGACAGAUAACGUACAAUCACAAACCACUGGAGAAGCAGAGUCCCAUAUAACUGUCUCCAGGAGUUCCCAACAACUCCGUAAAGAGUUUUUCAAUGCCACUUUUAUCACCAGAAUCUACGUCAAGUAUGGAUAA